AUGACUAGAAGUGAUAUGUCGUCCGCUAAUCUACUAAUUCUCAUGGAGAAAAAUUGGAGUAGAUGGAGUACACAAAUGUGGGUCCUAUUCAAAUACCAAGAUGUGCUUGAAGUGGUUGAAGACGAUCAUCAAGAAUUUCCUGCGGGUGUAGCUGAUGAUCAGAAGGCCGAGGAGAGAAAGAAAGACAAUAAAGCGUUGUUCAUUAUUCACCAAUGUGUAGACGAUGCUCACUUUGAGAAAAUCCAGCAUGUGGAGACUACGAGGGAAGCUUGGAGUAUCUUGAUUAGGUGUCAUACUGAAGGUGAAAAGAUAAAGAAGGUCAAGUUGCAGACGCUAAGGAGGCAAUAUGAGUUGAUGAAGAUGAUGCAAGGUGACAGAGUUAGAGAGUACUUUGACAAAGUGAUUGCCAUCACCAAUCAAAUGAAGGGAUGCAGAGAAGUCAUCACGAACUUAAUGGUCAUUGAAAAGAUCAUGAGGUCUUUGUCUCAGAAAUUCGAUUACAUAGUUAUGGCUAUAGAAGAGUCAAAAGAGCUGAAUAAGAUGAAGAUAGAAGAAUUGCAAAGCUCCUUGGAAGCACAUGAGAUGAGAUUGUUUGAAAGAAAUCCAAUUAGGAUUGAUGAGCAUGCAUUAAAGGUGCAUCAUUCCAAGAAUGAAGAGAAGAAAACAUUCAAGAAAUGGAAAGGGAAACAUGGUAAAGGGAAGUGGAGAAAUGACAGGACCAAAGAUGAUCAAGAUGAGUCUUCAACAGAGGAGGAAGGCAAACCAGAUAAGAACUUUCACAAGAAAGAUAAGAGGAAUGUUGAAUGUUUCAAUUGUCAUAAGUACGGGCACUACUCUUAUGAGUGUCAUGCUGAACAGGAAGAGCAGAAGAAGGCUCAAGGAAAGGAGGCCUACAUAGCUUAA